AUGCAUGUAAAGAAGGGAAUUGUAGAGUUGAAGGAGGGAAUGGUGUCUAGAGUUGCGGCAGGGGGAAUGGUGGCUAGGGUUGCUAAGGGCGGCUCUCUGAUAAAGUUGGUUUAUUUCUCAACAAACAGUGAUUCUUCUGCUUCUUCUUCUUCAAAGGACAGUGUAGCAGUUUCUAGUGGCAAUGAAGGCCGUCCUGUUCUUGAAGGGAAGCUCCAUUUUGCGAAGUUUGAAACCGCCAAGAUAAAUGAUUGCAUAGACUUCAUUCGGUCCAAGCAACUUCGCCUUAGUGGCUUCCAGAAACAUGGGGCUCCAGCCGGCGAGAAGUGCACUAUUAAGGCCACUGGUGGUGGGGCAUACAAGUACGCGGAUCUCUUUAAGGAAAAGCUUGGGAUUUGUCUUGACAAGGAAGAUGAAAUGGACUGUCUUGUGGCUGGAUCAAAUUUUCUGCUUAAGGCAGUUCACACCGAAGCAUUCACAUACAUGGAUGGUCAGAAGGAAUUUGUGCAGAUUGACCAUGAUGAUCUAUAUCCCUAUAUGCUUGUUAAUAUUGGUUCUGGUGUCAGUAUGAUCAAGGUAGAUGGACCUGGUAAGUUUGAGCGAGUAAGUGGAACCAAUGUUGGUGGCGGCACUUUUUGGGGUUUGGGGAGGCUUUUAACAAAGUGCAAGAGUUUUGACGAGUUGCUGGAGUUAAGUCAUCGGGGAAAUAAUAGGGUGAUAGACAUGCUUGUUGGGGACAUCUAUGGUGGAAUGGACUAUACAAAGAUUGGUCUUUCAUCAACCACCAUUGCUUCUAGCUUUGGCAAGGCAAUUUCUGAUAACAAGGAGCUGGAAGAUUACAAACCUGAAGAUAUCUCUCGAUCCCUCUUAAGAAUGAUUUCAAAUAAUAUCGGACAGAUCUCAUACUUGAAUGCACUGAGAUUCGGGCUCAAGCGGAUAUUUUUUGCUGGAUUUUUCAUUCGGGGUCAUGCUUACACCAUGGACACGAUUGCUGUUGCUGUUCAUUUCUGGUCUAAAGGUGAAGCAAAAGCAAUGUUCUUAAAACAUGAAGGAUUUCUUGGAGCUUUGGGUUCAUUCAUGAGCUAUGAAAAGCAUGGCUUUCUUAACUUGAAGGUCCACCAGUUGGUGCAACAAUCUCCAGUGGAUGCAUCCCGUGGAGGAGAUAAGAUUCAUGAUCCACCAAACGGGGAAUUGAAUGAAAAUCAAAGUAUAGAUUGCAGUAUCUGCCUGUCAUAA